AUGAGCCAGGAGCACUACCUGCGCAACGUGCUGGAGACCUUCGGCAUGGCUGACUGCAAGCCCGUCGGCACGCCGCUCUGCACGGGCUACGUCGACAAGCCAGCCGACAAGGAGGAGCCACUCCCGGACGUGCCGUUCUGCGAGCUACUUGGCUCCCUCCUCUAUGCUGCGACGAUGACGCGCCCAGACAUCUCAGCGGCUGUCUCCAUCCUGUCUCGCCGCAUGCAGCACUUCGGCAUGGACCACUGGAAGGCUGCCAAGCACCUUCUUCGCUACAUCAAGGGCACCUUGUCCUACAUCAUCAAGUACGCCGCCACUGGCGACACCAGCAACGGCAGCACUGCCGACGGCGUGCUCUCAGCGUACUCGGAUGCGUCGUUCGCCUCCGACGUUGACACGCGACGUUCCCGCACGGGCUUCGUCGUCUUCUGUUCCACGGGCCCCGUGUCCUGGAACUCCAAGCUGCAGGCCACCGUGGCCACAGCCUCCGCCGACGCGGAGUACAUGGCUCUCGCAGCCACCGCACAGGAACUCAUGUUCCUUCGCCAACUCCAGGAGGAGCUCACCGGCGCCGUCCUGUGCGAGCCCACGCUCGUGCACACGGACAACCAGCCGGCGCAGCGCGUUGCCGAACACGCCGCCUCGCGCAUGCGGCACAUCCUCGUCAAAUACCACUACAUCCGCGAGUGCGUCGACACCAAGAGGAUUGUGCUGAGCUACCUCGCCACGGAGCACAUGAUCGCAGAUCUCCUCACGAAGAUCCUCCCUCGGCCCAAGACGGCUCAGUUCUGCACGAUGCUGUUCGACCAGCGUCCUCUGCCAGGCUGCAAGCCACGGGCCCGUCCUCAUUCGGGCCGGUCGCCACGUCCUUCGACUCCGCGUCAGGACCUCUGA